AAGGUACUCGGUGGAGUGUAAAAAAAAAAAACAUGGAACGGAAAGGAACGUUCAAAGUGGAAUUUUUGAAGAAUUUGGAAGCUGAAGUUCAAGCGCGAUGGGAAGCUGAGAAACUGUGCGAGGUGGACCCACCAGCGGACCCGAACUCAACUGAAUCGAAGUUCUUCAUCACUUUUCCGUAUCCAUACAUGAAUGGACGCUUGCACUUGGGACACACUUUCUCCUUGUCAAAAGCUGAGUUCGCAGUCAGAUUCCAACGGAUGUUGGGCAAACGAGCUUUAUGGCCGUUUGGUCUGCAUUGCACGGGGAUGCCCAUCAAAGCGUGUGCUGACAAGCUCAAGCGAGAGAUGGAAGAUUUUGGAUUUCCUCCGCAAUUUCCCGAAGAAGAUGAAGAUGCUGCGGAAGUUGCCGAAAUAAAAGAUAGUAAAGUGGCUGCGAAGACCGGUUCGGGAAAGUUCCAAUGGGACAUAAUGCGUUCGUUGGGAUUAGAAGAUGAAGAAAUCAAGAACUUCGCUGAUGCGUCGCAUUGGCUGGAAUAUUUCCCGCCGUUGGCCAUUCAAGAUUUAAAGCGGAUGGGUGCUCAUAUAGACUGGCGGCGAAGUUUCAUCACGACAGAUGUAAAUCCGUUUUACGAUUCCUUCGUGAGGUGGCAGUUCAUAAGAUUGAAGGCACGUGAUAAAGUUCAGUAUGGCAAAAGGUACACGAUUUUUUCACCGAAAGAUGGUCAACCGUGUCUUGAUCAUGACCGUUCGGUCGGCGAAGGCGUUGGUCCUCAGGAAUACACAUUGAUCAAACUCAAAGUCGAGGAACCGUUUCCAAAAGCUUUGGCGGAACUUGCAAAAAAACAUGGACCGGCGAAUUUCUUCUUGGUAGCGGCAACCUUGCGACCCGAAACUAUGUAUGGACAGACAAAUUGCUGGCUUCAUCCCGACGUUGAAUACAUUGCGUUUCUUCACAAAGAAGACGAAGUAUUCGUGAGUGCCAGGCGAGCUGCGAGGAAUAUGUCGUACCAGGGUUUAACUGCCACUCAAGACUCUGUCGCGGAAUUGGGAUCUUUUCGUGGAUCUGAGUUAAUGGGUGCACGACUGAAAGCUCCUUUGUCGCCGUAUCCCGUCAUUUACGCCCUUACGAUGAUGACUGUUCGAGCAGAUAAAGGAACUGGAGUUGUUACGUCUGUCCCUUCGGAUUCCCCCGACGAUUACGCUGCCCUUGCCGAUCUCAACAAGAAGAAGGAACUUCGAGAUAAAUUCGGACUUACGGACGACAUGGUCAAGCCCUUUCAUGCUGUACCGAUCAUUGAGAUUCCAGAAUAUGGUAACCUGAGCGCGGCUGCAGUUUGUGAUGAAUUGAAAAUUACGAGCCAGAAUGACCGGGAAAAGCUCGAGAAAGCCAAAGAACUUGUUUAUUUGAAAGGUUUCUAUGAAGGGGUUUUACUGGUCGGAGAAUUCAAAGGACGAAAAGUUCAGGACGUGAAGAAAGAUUUACAAAUGAAGCUUGUGAAUGGAAACCAGGCGCUCAUUUAUAAAGAGCCUGAGAAGCUCGUCAUAUCUCGGUCUGGGGAUGAAUGUGUUGUAGCCUUGUGUGAUCAGUGGUUUUUGAACUAUGGCGAAGACUCAUGGCGUAAACAAGCGGACGAGUGUCUCGCAAAAAUGGAGGUGUAUCAUCACGAAACGAGGAAGAACUUUGAGGCAACAUUGGACUGGCUACGAACUCGAUUGCCUUGGGACGAGAACUGGCUCAUCGAAUCCUUGUCAGAUUCAACUAUUUACAUGGCAUAUUACACAGUCGCACAUUUACUUCAAGGGCCUUCCCUCGAUGGCAGCUCACCAAAUUCCCUGGGCAUCACAUCUGGGCUGAUGACACCUGAAGUAUGGGACUACAUUUUCUUCCCUUCCGCCUCAUAUCCCUCGGACAGUGGGAUUGAUAAGAGUAAGCUUGAUGUUUUGAGACGGGAAUUCCAGUUCUGGUACCCUGUUGAUGUCCGAGUAUCGGGGAAAGAUCUGGUGCCUAAUCACCUCACGUAUUUCAUUUACAAUCACACUGCAAUGUGGCCGGAAAAUCCGGACAAGUGGCCAGCAGGUGUGAGAUCGAAUGGUCAUCUCUUGCUCAAUUCGGAGAAGAUGUCGAAAUCUACUGGAAACUUUUUAACGUUGACCGAGGCUAUUGACAAAUUUGGAGCCGACGGCAUGAGAUUGUGCUUGGCUGAUUCUGGUGAUUCCAUCGAAGAUGCAAACUUUGUAGUAUCUGUUGCCGAGGCUGGUAUUCUGCGUCUUUUCAAUUUCGUUUCCUGGGUAAAGGAAAUUUUGGUUGUGCUGGAAAAACUCCGAACCGGACCAUUGGACAGUUUCAAGGAUCGAGCUUUCGAUUCUGAAAUGAACCAAAAGAUUCUGGAGACGAAAGAGAACUACGAGAAGAUGCUAUUCAAGGAGGGCUUACGAACUGGAUUUUUCGAAUAUCAAGCUUUAAGAGACAAAUAUCGGGAGCUCUGCUUGGAUUCUGGCACCGGGAGUGCGAUGCAUUUGGACCUCAUUUUAAAAUUCAUUGAAACGCAGGCCCUUCUUCUCGCACCCAUUUGUCCCCACGUUGCCGAACAUGUUUGGCAUUUACUGCGAAAGAUAAACAUCAGAACCAAUGAAAUUCGUGUACCAAAAAUGUUGUCCGGAACGGUUGCAUGGGCUUAUGUUCCAUUUCCCAAAAGCUCUUUCGAAGAUGAAAAUCAAGAAACAAACGGAAGGGUUAUGCUUCUUAUGAAGGUGGCCAAUGGAUCGAUAAUGAAUGCUGCGUGGCCGAAAGCUGGUCAGGUCGACGAGAUUCUCGUGAAAUCCUCGCAAUACCUUAUGAAUGCUGCGCACGAGUUCCGCUUGAGACUCAAAGCUUAUUGCACGCCAGCGAUCGCCGCGAAAGCAGCGAAGAAAACCAACGCUACUCCGGUUCAGCGCGCUAUUCCCACUCACGGAAUUGUUUACGUUGCGGCAAGCUAUCCUUCGUGGCAGUCAAUCGUUUUGACAACUAUGAAAUCCAUGAUCACGCAAAUUGACGGAAAUGCUUCGACGAUGGACGAAGAACCUCCGGCAGCGAUGCCUGACAAUAAAGUGCUGUCAUCAACGCUUGGCAAACUCGAAGGAGUAUCAAAAAAUAUGAAAAAGGUCAUGCCGUUUGUGCAAGCCGUGAAGGAUCGAAUCUUAGCCCAAGGAAUGCGAGCGCUCAAUUUGACGCUCGACUUUGAUGAGAAGGAAGUUCUGGAGACCAACAAGGAAUAUCUUCUUGCAACUCUCGAGUUGGAAGGAAUUGAGAUUAAAGCAGCAGCGGAAGCGGAUGAAGCCAAGGUCCGAGACGAGUGCACUCCGGGAGACCCGUUCAUUGUCUUCUUUGCUCCGCCGAGCGUGACGCUUACUGCUGUCAAUAUUCAGCCGAAGAAGGGAUAUUUUCAGCUGGAAGUUCCGGUUUUCCCGCAGGAUACCGUGAAGAAAUUAUCUCAGAGAAUUGCGAAACGGUGCAAAAAUGUCAAAGGAUCACUUCGAAUUUUAGCAUACGAUGAUCCAGAAUUGGGACCACGGAGCAUUCCCUCGUCCUCCGACCCCGAGAAAGGUUUGUCGACUUUACAAUCUGAUCUGUCGCUUUGCGUCGAUCCGGAAAAUGACAAAGUGGAUGUCGGCCUAAGCAAUGACGGUCUGCGUCCAUUGGGAAAGCAAAUCGCGUAUGUCGUCGAGUGA